AUGGGGAAUGCAAGUACAUGUUGUUCACAUCCUGUUAUACAAAACAAAGAGGCUAUAAAUACUUAAUAAAAGAUUAUGAUAGUGAAUGAAGAGUGUGAUGUUCGUGAAUGGGAAGCAGAUGAUUUUGUAAAGAUUGGUCUUUAAAGUCACCCAGUAAAAGAACACAAGCUUUUUGAUUAACCAUCAGUUAUUAGAAGAAUGGAAAGUGUUGAAGGACCUAAAUUAGGAGAACGUUUGGAACUAUUUCCAGAAAUCGAAAAUCAAAUUGUGCGAACUGUUUUGGCUUAAUUGACUCCCUUGGUAAUACCACAAGAUAUGGAAAGAGGUGAAGAGAAUCCUCCUAUCAAAUUUGACAAUGAUUUCAUUUAUCAUGGAGAAUGGAAAGAUAGUCAAAAGCAUGGAUAUGGGAAAUUGUUGUGGCCAGAUGGUAGUUAUUAUGAAGGGGGAUUUGCAAAUGAUGAAACAUCUGGUUUUGGAAGAUUAAUUCAUUCUUUUGGUGAUUAUUAUGAAGGAAGUUGGAAACAUGACUAAGCCAAUGGUUAUGGCAAAUAUCACAGGUACAGAAACUAAGCAACAUAUGAGGGGAACUGGGUCAAUGAUAAACAGUAAGGUUAAGGCAAAGAAACUUGGCAAGAUGGAUCUUCUUAUGAAGGAGAAUAUAGUAAUGGAAAAAAAUAAGGAAGGGGGAUGUUUAAAUGGGGCAAUGGCAAUAUGUAUAUAGGAGAUUUCAAAAAUAAUAAAAUGGAUGGAUAUGGAAUUUAUUAUUGGAAGAGUGGUAAAGUAUACGAUGGGGAAUGGAAAGAAAAUAAAAUGGAUGGAGAAGGAUAAUUCAAUUGGCCAGAUGGUAGGAAAUAUAAGGGAGGAUAUAAGAAUGAUCUUAAAGAAGGGUAUGGAGUAUUCGAAUGGUCAGAUGGACGCUACUACAAAGGAGAAUGGAAAGAAGGCAAAUAACAUGGCAAGGGAGUACUCAGAAUGGAUUAAACUAAAGAAAUUUCUGCUGAAUGGGCCAAUGGCAAAAUGCUUACUGAAAAAUAAAUUGAAUAAUAAAAUACAGGGUCAUGA